AUGCUGGGGCUGCAUGUGGAGAUAAUCAGGCUCUAUUCAGAUGAGGAUCAGGCAGGUUUGUUUGCUGGAAUCCUUAACACCCUAUCCAUGCCAUAUAAACACCAUGUAGCAUGCCACGCCUGGCGGGAGGCUGUUGCUACUGCCAGGGGUGAGCGUUGUGAGGUGGUGAAAGACGUGUGCCAGAGCAACCUUCAAUGCCAGAAUGGUGGCAUAUGUGUAAACGGCCAGUGUGUGUGUACAUCCGGCCACAAAGGCCUGAACUGUGAAGAAGGCCAGGUCUCCAUCUUUCCCGAGGCCCUGUGGAAUUUGGAAGCUAGCGAGGCAAAUGAUUCACCCUAUCCGUAUGCAGCUCAUUUCCACAAUGAUGGAUACAUUGCCCUUCCUAAAUCCAUUUUUCCAAGGAGCGCUCAUGACUCACCAGAGACCAUCGAACUGGAGAUUAACACUGACUCCUCUGAGGGCCUGAUCUUGUGGCAGGGAGUAGAAACCAAUGGCGCACGCAUUUUGCGAAAGGUGCAUGCUAGUAAAAAGGAACUUGGAGAACACGGCAAAGGCAAAGACUUCAUUAGCCUCGGGCUACAAAAUGGACACCUUGUUUUCAGUUACCAGUUGGGCAGCGGAGAAGCAGAGAUUUUGUCCCAGAAGUCCAUCAAUGAUGGGAGAUGGCAUAAAAUCACAGCCGUCAGAACUGGAAAAGAUGGAUACAUCCAGAUUGAUGGAGGAGCCGCACAACAUGGACAGUCUAAAGGCAGAAGCCUCAUGGUCAACACCAAAGGCAGCAUAUACCUGGGCGGAGCCCCAGACUUGGCUGCUAUGACAGGAGGGAAGUUUUUGUCAGGAAUGACGGGCUGCAUGAGGAACCUGACACUGAUGAACGCCCGGCCAGGACAGCAGCCAGCCCAAGCCAUUGACCUGCAAGCCCAUGCAGCCCAUGGCAUCAACGUGCAACCAUGCUCUUCUUAGAUUGCAGCACACAGACAAACACACACAUAAACACAAACGCAGAGACUAUGGAGUGAUGCCACACACACACACACACACACACACACACACACAGCAGACUCACACAGAGAGACUUACACACAAAGAGGCUGACACAAACUUGGUGCUUUGCUGCUACCAAAAAAAAAAUCAAGAUGACACAACAAGAUAUGUUUCUCUGUGUGCAGUAAAACCAAAAAAGAGAGAAAAAAUUAAACUAUGUUAACAAGUCUUCUCUUCCUCAGUGUUGUAUUCUCAAUGAAGGACUAUUAACACAGGAGAACCAGUACAGUUUACAUACUUCCAGCAGUAGUUUUAGCCAUGAGAGGCGUAAAAGUAAAACAUAUUAGGCCUUCUACGAUGGGUCAGAUCCUAUGGAGUUGGAGAUGUUUUUACAGCACUGAAUUUUUAUUUAUAUACAUAUGAAUAUAUAUAUUAUAUUUGUGGGGGAAAACAUGCAAACUAACCAUAACUGCUCUUUAACUUUCCUAGAGUUUAUUCUGGGUUCUAAUACUGUGUGUCCAGGGCUUUUUUAGGCCUAACUGUAUUAAUACUUGAAGAUAUUUAGGCCUUCUCUCUUCACUUCUGUAGAGGAACCUCUUUUUUUGACACGCGAGCAUGCUUACAGUCUUUUGCAAAUUGUUGGAAGAGGAGCGCACACGGUCACAGUCACAUGCAGCUUCAGUACACAACUCAGGUCGUUAAAUACAAAUUAGCAACCGCAAACGUUACAUUUACUGCCGCUUUAACACGGCUGCUUUGCAAGUCAUUCACAGCGCUGUUGUGUCUUCUGUCUGUUUUUUAUUUUAUUCUUUUUUAUGAAAAAGAAAGAAACCUUGGUGCUAUUGUCAGACAUGAAGAUACAGCACAUAGUCAUAUGGUUUCCUGUCUCUCACAUGUAGAAGUGUUUUUUGUGUGUGAUUUGGUUACUUAGAUAAAGAAACAGUCUAAAAAGGUAUACGGUAGUGUAACAUUUGUCUAUAUGCAUGGCAUUUGAGGUUGACUUUACUAUAAUAUGGCAUGAUUUGUUGCCUCCACAGCCUUAUUUGAUUGAGUAGAUCUCAAAAAACUGCUUUAAAGAGUUGAAAAGGGUGUCAUUUUUUAUGUGUGGUUGUUGAAGAUAUUGUUUUAUGUGUAAAACUAUCUGCCAGUCAGGUAGAUAUCGCUAUUAAUUGAGAAUGAGUGUGUCUGCUAGUACAUGUGUGGUUGUGUAUGUAUCAGCCUCUCACAGGUCACUCUACUUUAGCCCUAGUAUGGAGUCAGGUGUGUGUUUGUGUGUGUGCACAUGCAUGUGUCAUCCAUAUCCUCAGGAGGGUCAACCCAGAACUGCCUCAAGAUGUUUCUUAAAUUUCAGGUUUGGUAGCUUUAGCAACAAUUCAGUAAGCUAUAAAACUCUGAAGGCUCUGUGGUUCUAUGGGUUGUUUUCUCUGCAGCGGGAGAUUCAUCUGCAGCCAACAGCAGUAGGACACAGUUGGGAUAGUGUUUAGUCAUGUGGGAAUGCGGCGGAAGCUUCCUGCAGGUGCUGUGACCAGAAGUGUAGCUCGAAUAAAGCAUGCUCGCCCACCUUUAGUCGACCACACCUCAGUACCACAACGGCACGAUCACUUUGGGGUUCACAAACUUUUUUCUCAUUUUUGUAAGCUUAAAAUGUUUGUAUUAAUAUCCUAAAAAUGAGCACUAUCCUUUCUCUUAGACUUGCUUCAUUUUAAUUUAUUUUAAGUUUUUCUUUUCCUCUUUUUCAACGCUUUUGUUUCAAGACUUGAUUCUGCUGUUUUGGAGCACUCACAAGCAGCUUGCUAUUAUCUUUCAUCUGGUUAUUGUGUAUUGGCUCCCACAUCCCCUUGUUUUUGCCAUCAUGUUUUGCCCCCCCGGUAAGUUCCAUGAAAGGUUAAUACCUGACAGGAAUUGCCUGGUCAAAUGGUUAGAAACUGGUCUUCUUAUUUGCUUAUUGAAAAAAGUCUUAGUCUCCAAAUACAACAAAUACAUUAUUUAUCUCCACAGAAAGGUGUCAUCAUGUUUGAAUAUGUGUUGUCAGGAACAUGUGGAUCGAAAAGAGCCACUGCUUUGCUGCAGGUUUAGGACACUGUAGCAGAGAAUGAUGUGUGCACUCCUUGUUGGUUGUGUAUCUGCUCUUAAACUGGAUUUUCAUAUAUACACUGUACACUCUUGCCCAAUGCAAAGUUGUCAAGAAACUGUCACUGCUUUUUGGUUAUUUUUAGGCCAUUGCAAAAUAUGAAAGGUGCACUUUUAGUAAUGAUGGAAAUGUUCAUUUAGAAAAUUUAAAAACAUUUUUUUCUGAUUCACUUCUAAAUAGCAGAAAAGGAAGAUGACUCAGAUUAAAUGAAUGAUAUUGUACCAGAUAUAAUACUGUCCAUGUCAGGAUGACCUGACAUCCAUUUCAGGUGUUGAAAAAACACUCCCCUUGCCCUUGGUGUUUCUUAAUUAAAAACAAAAUUCAUGUGCUAUUUG